AUGGAAGAUUGGGAGGAAGCUCAUGAAGCUGUGAAGGCCGACAUUAAUCAGUUGAAAGAUCAAGUGAGCCAGAUCCUAGAGGCCUUAAAGUCGCUGAAGGCUUCGGGAGAAGCUUCCUCUGCAAGGAUUGAGGAAAACGUUCACCCUCAAGUUCCACGAUAUGAAGUCCAGAACGCCCAGGGUAUGUCAAUCCCAUUCCCAAUGUACGGUCUACCUCCGGGAUACACCCCACCCGUUGGGGAAUGUUCGGAGACGGAGCAGACUCCCUUUUCUUUUCCUGUGACUAACAACACACUACCGAUCAAUACUCAAGGGUCGAUAUUAGCCUCGACGCCCAUGACAGGGGCAGGAAUGAAAGAGACAGUCACAUUCGCAGAACCAAGGGUGACUGUGGCACCGAAGUCUCCAAACAUAACGGUUGACGAAGAUGCUUUGGCUAAGGUCAUACCGCACGCUACAGCCCAGGUAGUGUCCACCGGUAUUGAUGAGGCUAAGAGUAAGCUCGAGAUUCUUGAAGAGAGGGUUCGAGCCAUUGAAGGUGGUGGAAGCUAUGGGUUUGGUGAUGUUGCGAGAUUAAGCUUGGUUCCCGGUGUGAUGAUACCUCAUAAGUUCAAGGUCCCAGAAUUUGAAAAGUAUCAGGGUACCACGUGCCCCAAGAGCCAUCUGACAAUGUAUGGUAGAAAGAUGGCUGCAUAUGCCUAUGAUGACAAGUUGUUGAUACAUUGUUUCCAAGAUAGUUUGGCUGGUGUUGCGCUGAAUUGGUAUACACACUUGGAGCCAUCUCGAAUUCAUUCCUGGAUGGAUUUGGCGGACGCCUUUGUGAAGCAGUAUAAGUACAACACGGAUAGCGCGCCAGAUAGAUUGCAAUUGCAAAAUAUGGCCAAGAAGGAUAUUGAGUCCUUCAAGGAAUAUGCGCAACGGUGGAGAGAGUUGGCUGCUCAGGUUGAGCCACCACUACUUGAUAAGGAGAUGGUGGCGACGUUUGUAAACACACUACAAUCACCAUUUUAUGAGCACGUGUUGGGGAAUGUGUCUUCCAAUUUCGCUGAUAUCAUUAUUAUUGGUGAAAGGAUAGAAGUCGGGUUAAAAAGUGGAAAAAUUGCAUAUGGCCCGUUCGCGGCUGCAACUUCUAAGAAACCCGGUUUCCAUCCAGGAAAGAAGAAAGAAGUGGAAGCACACACAGCCUCAGUGAUGCCAAUGUGGGAAAGUCGGGCUCCUACUCAUAAUUAUCGACCUCACAUGAAUCAACCUCCUUAUGUGGCCAAUGCAGUGUCUGUUCAUCAAACACAACCUCAGCAACAAGGGUUUUAUCAAGGGUCGAAUCUUUAUCAACCGCAGCAUCCCCCAAAUAAUGCUUGGAAAACUGAACCUAACUCAAAUUUCAGCCGAAAUGCGGGUCAAAACGCCAAUCUGAGGAGAAAUCAAGAGCGGAACUUUGUUCAGUUCACCCCCAUUCCGAUGACGUAUACGUAA